UGAUGAUUAAUUAUUAAAUGAGUUAUUCUAAUUCAAAUAACAGUGCUUGCUCUUUUUAAUCUCCUCUCUAUUUUUGGGAAAACCAAUGGCAGAGGGUCGAUGAUGAGUUUUAUCAGAAUGAAAACAUACAAAUUCAUGAGGAUACUAAUCUCUAAAUAUAGUUAAGAGAAGCCAAAACUGACCAUCUCAUAAGACUAAAUCUCCAUGAGUAAAUACUAUAUGACUAAUUAACAACUAGUUCCUAGCAUCAUUUGCAGGAGGACGAAUAGAAGGCAGAAAAUUACAGUUCUUAAAAGUAACUUAGAUUCAGUGAUCGAUCACAAAAUCAUAUAGAGGAAGAAAAUAAACCAAAACAAGCAAGGGGGACAAAAGACAGGGAGUAAAGGCAAAGAACCAGAAGGAGAGUAGAUUAUGGAGUAUGAGAAUAAUACUAAUUUAAGGUUGAGGAUUCGUUUUCGAAUGAUUCUGACUUGAAACCAUGUCAAUGUUCCAAAACUAAGUGUCUAUAGCUUUAUUGUUCGUGUUUUCAUAAGAGGAAGGCAUGUUCUUCGAAAUGUAGAUGUAAAGGCUGUUUUAAUGAUGGGAACCAUAAGGUGGAAAUGGUGCAGGCAUUAUAGAAGGUCAAGUUGAAGGAAUGUAGGGUAUCGCAAUCUGAUUUGGAUUCAUUCGACACAAGACAAGUUUGGGGUUGUAAAUGUAAAAAGACUCAUUGCAAGAAGGGAUACUGUGAAUGUUUCAUUAGAGGAAGGAAAUGCACAUCGCAAUGCAAAUGUUGUGAAUGCAAUAAUUAGAGACAAAAGAGUUAAGUGAAGAAGAGGAUCAAAAAGAAUUGA